CUCAUAAAGGCCAAAACACCGCCUCUCUUUUUAAAUCCUCUGCCGUUGCUGUAGAGGUAAUCAGAAUACUCCGUCAAGAGACCACACCUUCACCGUAAAGAGUAAAACAUCACACCAGCCAUGGAGAUUGACAGUCAGGCAUUUGCGCCUGAGCCCAAGAAUGCGGCAACAAUUCUCUGCGCAGACUGCGGUGCGCCCGUUGACGGAACCAUAUCAGGAGCCUUCUGCUACGACUGCAUCAAGCUCAAGACCGACGUCACCGGAGGCGUCCCUCGUGAAGCCGUACUGCACAUGUGCCGCGACUGCGAUCGAUGGUUGUCACCACCAAACUCUUGGGUCGUCGCUGCUCCCGAAUCGCGCGAACUACUCGCUCUCUGCCUCCGAAAACUCCGUGGACUGAACAAGCUGAGGAUCAUCGACGCGAGCUUCAUCUGGACGGAGCCGCACAGCAGGAGGAUCAAGGUUAAGAUCACAGUGCAGUCAGAAAUCAACGAGGGCGCGAUCCUACAACAGAGCUUCGAGUGCGAAUUCACACAAAACUACCACCAGUGUCCCGAUUGCGCGAAGAGUUACACACACAACACAUGGAGGGCUUGCGUGCAAGUGCGUCAAAAGGUGCCGCACAAGAGGACCUUUUUGUAUCUGGAGCAGUUGAUCUUGAAGCAUGGAGCGCACAAGGACUGCAUCAACAUCAAGGAAGUGCACGACGGCAUCGACUUCUUCUUCGCUGCACGCAAUCACGCUACUACAUUUUGCGACUUCCUCAAAGCAGUAGUGCCCGUCAACAUCAAAAAGUCCGAGGAGCUGAUCUCUAUGGAUAUCCACACUUCAACGAGGAGCUUCAAAUUCUCCUUCUCCUGCGAGAUCGUCCCGAUUUGCAAAGACGAUCUUGUCGUCCUUCCUAUUCCGCUAGCGAAGAAGGCUGGCAACAUUGCCCCUCUCACCAUCUGCACGCGCAUUGGUACAUCGGUACAGCUUCUCGACCCUGCGACUCUCCAGACUGCCGACAUAGCUACCGAUCUCUACUGGCGAACGCCGUUCCGACCGCUCGCCGAUGUACAAGAGCUGACAGAGUUCAUUGUCCUCGAUAUUGACCCUCUCGGCAAACAACAAGGCCGCAACUUCCUAGCCGAAGCAACAGUGGCGCGCGCAUCAGACAUGGGGGUAAACGACCAAACAUACUACUGCCGCACACAUCUGGGUGGUAUUCUGCAUGUCGGCGACUCCGUUAUGGGCUACCUCCUCAGUAACACCAACUUCAACAGCGAGCUCUUCGAUAUCCUUGAGGGCUCUAACAAGUACUCUGCUCAAAUUCCGGAUGUCAUGCUUGUCAAGAAGCACUACCAGCGCGGCAAGAAGAGCAAGAGCAAGCGCAACUGGCGCCUCAAGCGCAUGAACCGCGACGAAGGCGAGAUGCUGCCCAGGAAGCAGGACCAGGAGAAGAUGGAGCGCGACUUCGAAAUGUUCUUGCAGGAUGUGGAGGAAGAUGUUGACCUGCGACAGGGUAUGGCGCUGUACAAAGCACAGCAAGAGGCCAAGCAGCGUGAAGCUGAAGCCAUGGAGACGGAGAGUGAGAUCGACGACGACGACGAUCAGGGUAUCACGAUACCGAUGGAGCAGCUGCUCGACGACUUCGACGAGAUGACCAUGGAGGAUUAGGUGGGCCAUACGGGUAAAGCAUAUGGUUGGAGUUCACUUUGCAUUAUGAUAUCUACUUGCAUUUCCGGGCGCAGGUGGUAGGAAAAAAGACAUAUGCUGAAUACGAGGAUAUAGACUGGUGUGUCGUUCGGGUUUGAUGAUAGCACCUCAAUGAUUCACCACAAGAUUCGCCUUUA